AUGGGUCCGCCGGGAAUGAUGGGAGGUCCGGGGGGAGGAGGAGCGGAUGGGGGUCAUAACCCGCUAAACGACAUGCUCGCGGGGGCUGGGUCGGGGUUCAUUCGGUCGGGCCUGGGUGCUUAUGGCGAGCGGCUACUAGGAAGCAGUCGCGCCUACGUUCAAAACAACGUGGGCAAGUACUUCGCAUCCACUGACUUCCACUACUACUUCCAUGUCAAUGAUGCCUACGUGCGCAACAAACUCAAAAUCAUCGUCUUCCCGUUCCUACACAAGGGCCACUGGACGCGGGUGGCGGAGCAGGUGGCAGGGGGGCUGACCUACAAGCCGCCAUGCAAUGACAUCAACGCCCCGGACCUUUACAUCCCCGCCAUGGCCUUCGCCACCUAUGUCAUGCUUGCCGGACUCUCUGCUGGCCUACUGGGCAGGUUUGCGCCUGCAUUUGUGAAUGCGCGUGUUGGCAAGGGAUUAAUCGGGUGGUUUUUGGAGGUGCUGCUGCUUCGGACGAUACUCUACUCGUUGGCAUCAGGCGAUGCGCCGUUGCUCGAUCUCGUGGCGUACGCUGGCUACAUGUUUAAACUUCAAAAUCCCGUCUGCUGUCAUCUGGUUGCUGUUCCCCGGAUUUGCCAGCUCAAGCAAGGGUCGGCUUGUUCUCGACCGUUCUCUAGGCUGGCAAACAUGGCUGACGACGAGGACGAGCAGCUGCAACGGGCCUUUCGCAUGAGCUUAACGAGUCAUCCGCCAGCAGACGGCUCUCCGCGAAACCCUCAGACCAGCAACAGCGGUAUCAAUUCCCAAUCCACCAGCGGAUUGAAUGUCAGUCCUGACCCUUGUCCGCCAUCCGCGAAGCGCAGCAAAUCCGAGGAUGAGGGAUCGGAUCCCGGACAAGCGGGAGGUGGCUAUAGCGGGGGUUCUUAUAGCGGUCGCGUGGCAUCGAGACCGGAGUCGGCGGAGGAGCGAGAGAGGCGGAUACAGCGGGAGAUUCGAGCAGCAGCCGCAGAACGAAGAAUGGCUGCUUUAGGAAAGCCCAGUGCAGAAUCGGCCAAAAUCGGAUCAACCAAUAUCGGAUCAGCCGUUGCCUCUUCGGGAGCUCCAGCUCUUGCCACGUCGAGCCGUCCUCAGAGCACUACUGUCAGGCCCGAUCCACGUGUAGAUAAGGCUCCCACGACCGCCUCUGCUCCUGCCAAUCCCAUUCCGCCACGUGUCCAUGACAUUGACAUGGCGGAUCAGGCAUGCGAUUCGCUGGCAGAGCAGACUAGCGGGAAGGCGUCAGUAGAAGGCAAGGCAGGAGACGUGAGAGUUCCAGGAACCGAAGACGCGAGUUUCGGAGGGAAAACUACAGAGGGAAGCGCAACGGAAGCUGAGGGAUCGAAAUCGAACUUGGCUGAACCUGAGGGGUCUGGCAUGGGGGGGUCUGGGAAUGCUCGUACGGCGGGUGGUGGGGAGGUUGUGGUGGGUGGAGAGGGGUGGAGGGAGGCGGAGAGGCGUUGGGAGGUUGAGCAGGGGUUGGCGGAGUUGCCAUUGGACGACGCGUUUCGGCUGUUCGACAUGGUGUUUGGGCGGUCCCCGCCUGCUGCGACCCUCUCGCAGUGGUCCCGACAGGGCUUCAGGUUUAGUGACGACCCGGCGACUUCGUUAGGGCUAGUGCAGAGGGAGGGGGGGCCGUGCGGGGUGCUGGCGCCAGUGCAGGCGCUGCUGCUCAAAUACCUCCUCUUCCCCCCCAUGCCCGCGCACCCCGCGGAUUCCUGCCCGCCUUCCGCGUCCGCCCCCCUUGCUGCCGGUGGUGCUGCUUCUGGGGGGGCGAGCGCUGGGCAGCAGGGGGGGCAGGCAGGGGAGGGGAGGAAGGCGGACGAGGGAGGAUGGGAAGAGGAUGAUAUGAGGUUUUAUGAUUCGAUGCCAGGCCUGGAUGUGCAAGGGAGAGUGUAUCAUAGAGCUUCUGCUUCUGCUUCUGCUCCUGCUGCUACUGGUUCUGCUGGUGAUACAGGUGGUGCAGGUGGUGCUGCUACUGGUGGUGGUGUGGUUGGGAUUGUUCCUGGUGCUGCCUCUGGUAUGGCUGCUGUGGCGGCAGGAGAGGGAGAGGGGGAGGGUUCAGGCGACUCUGCUGCGCUGCCAGGCUUGGAAGCUGUGAGGGACGGAGACGGGGAGGGGGGAGAAGAAGGCGAGGGAGGAGAGGCCGCUCUGAUUUUCUCACAGGUUGAGAGACGAAGGGCUCUGGUGUUGGCAAUGGCAGAGUCGUUAUGGGUGCCAAGCAGAGGGCAGAGAGUUGUCAUUGCUGCCGUAUCACCACACAGGCUGGCUGCUUUGGCUACUUCAGCCUCUCAACAACCACUGACCAGCCCAAUCAGCGAUGAGAAAGCACUUCAAGGAGCAGUCAGAGUGCGACACCUGGCGGGAGCGUCGCAUGCUGACGUGGCGAAGGCGCUUCACCGGCUGUUUCCAGUCUUUGAGAGCGACUUUGGCGCACUGCUGCUACUCUUCUCAGCGCUGCUCUCCAGAGGACUUGAGCGAGUUCAAGAGGACAGGGACGACCCAGAGCCACCGCUUGUCACACGCCCGUUCGGCCAUGCCUCACAGGAGAUUGUGAACCUUCUGCUGUGUGGUGAGGCAGUGGCGAACGUAUUUGAUGGUACCAUGGACUUGGGAGGAGGCAUGGCGCUUAAAGGCAUUCCCUCAGAGGCCCAGGUGGGCUUCCUCACACUCCUGGAGUCCCUCAACCUCUGCAAGGUCGGGCAGCGACUAAAACAUCCCAAGCUGCCCAUCUGGGUGGUGGGCAGCGAAUCGCACUACACCGUGCUCUUUGCGCUUUCGACUGAAGUACAGGAGGAGAAUGAUGCGGAAGCAGAGGAGUCGCGGGUCAGAGAGGUGUUUGACCGCUUUGAUACCAGCGGGGGAGGAGGGUUUGUUGCUGUGGAGUCACUUCAACCAAUGCUGGCUGAGCUGAGGGUAAAUUUCCCUCCGGAAACAAUAGACUCGCUUUCGGCGUUGGGGGUAAUUGUGUGGAACGAGCUGUGGCAGGCUCUGCUGAAGCUGGACCGAUCCCAGGGAGGGUUCAAGAGAGAGGGGUCGAGUGGGGGACGACCUGCCAGCAGGAAGUUUGACUUGUAUCACUUCAAUGGGAUUGCAAAGCGCGUGCAGACAGGAAGCAGCACUGCAGCAGCAGCAGCAGGAGUUUCUGGGGGAAAUGGAGCAGGGGACAUGUCGUAUGGAGGUUUGGAUGUGCCACAGCGUGUGCUAUCACCGCCGUUGACUGCAAUGGAUCAACGGCCGAGAUUAGUCCGGCUCCAUGUGACCGUGCCGCCCAAAUGGUCCCCGGAGGAUCUGAUGAUGAUACCAAGGCCUGAGGGCAGUGGGGCGGAUGAUAUUCCUCCCGAGGUGGUGGCAGACUCGUUUGACUCGAGUGUGAAUCCGAUGCAGCGCGCUUCGCGUGAAGCUCCCCUCGUGGAUUGUAUCCGCACUCGGUGGCAGCGAGCGUCAUGCACAUGGGUAGGGGACGCACCAUCUAUUGUGUAG